GACGACGAUGAUGAUAGUGAUGAUGGCAGUGGCUGUGGAUGCAGCUUUAACUGCCUCCUCCCUCGUGAUGACGCAGACCUCUCCGUGGGUUCCUGCUGUCUGUGGAGCAGCUCACAGCAGCAGCCGCUCCGACGGACGAUGGGAUGGGAAACACGGCUGCAGGUGAUGCAGUGACUGAUAGGAUGCUGCGGCCGAUCUGACGCCACACCAACCGUGCUGUUUCCGUCCCGUGUCAGCCCCACGCCGCUGCCGCUGGCCUAACACCUGCCGUCGUGGAUGCUUUUCCCGAUGGGUUGUGGGGGGAGUCGGGCGGACGCCAUCAUCGAGCCAAGGUACCAUGAAAGCUGGACCAGGGAAACGGAAUCGACGUGGCUGACCAACACCGACGUGGACACCCCACUGACAGUACCUAACAGUAAACCUCUCGAUGCCAGCCUGAAGGAGAAGAGGAUGGUGAACACGGGCACCCAGUGUGGGAAGCAGGCCCUCGGCAGCACCGGCUCCAACCACCAGAGGAGACCCAGACGCUCCUUCAGUGAGACCACUCGUGACUCCAAAAGGAGGGCAUCAAAGGAGGUCGCCGCUUCAUCUAAAGAUGGGCAGCCUGUUGGAAUCACUGGCAGCGGAGACUCUGAACCUGGAAACGUGUGUGACGAAAGAUGAAGAAAAGGCCAGGCUCUUUGGAGAUGAAAAUAGCCAAAGAAACUAUGAGCGGUUCACCACACGACGGGAUGGCAGUUGGCAGAAAAGUGUGGAUGAUGUUUGCUAAUGACUGUAAGAUCUUGGCUGCCUGUCUCAGUGGUAAUACAACGUAAGCACCUGCGUAUGUCUCCAUCCAAAGAUCUUGGGAUGCUGCAUCUUUGUCGUGCCAUUGCAAAUGCAUGUGUGAAGCAGAGCGUGGUCACACUCUCCACCAUGCUUAUACUCAUGCUUCUGGUGGUCAGAGAAUGUGUCACUGUGUAAAACCAGUUCAAAGAAAACAGCAGUUUUUUGAGAGAGCAUUUCAUAUGCACAUGAUAAUCACAAUCUGCACAUCUAACGUUUGCUGUGUGAGGCCUUCCUAAACAGAUUUGCUCCAUUUUUUUUCCUGUGCAAAUAUUUCCUUUUUUUGUGAAUGAAAACUGAUAGUGUGGGAACCAGUGAUGAUGCUGUUUUAAUGUGAGUAAAUGCUGUAAAUUAUUUACGUUCACAAGAACCCGAAGUGCUGUUUAGAAAUGGAGAUUUGGAGCUUUGAAGCCUGAAGACUGUCUUUUCCAGCUUUUGCUAGAAAAAGGAAAAAAAAAAAUACAAACCCGCAUGUGCCUAUACGUCAUCUUGAUAUGAACUGCUCUUGUGUUUGAUUUGAAAUUAUUUUUUAAAAUUUCAGCCAUUUUGGUGUUUUCCAAUUCUUACAUUUUCUGUUUUGUUUUGUAAUGUUACACUACCAUAAUGUAUUGUAAUUAUGUGUCCUUUGUGUGGCUUACACUGAUCUGCAUGUAUUAAUCAAACUGAAAUAUAUAUAUAAAAAAAAAAAAUCAUCUAAAACAAACUGUUGGAUGAGGAGCAAAAGGAUGAUCAGAAGACUUCAUUUAAAACCACCAGGUGGCGGUGCUUGCCCAUCUGAGGUCUAUAAGGAAACCUCUCAGGCUUGUUAGUGUCAACAAUUACUUUGUGAAAGAUUAAUUUCAGCUUCAGUAUUGUGAACUGAAGGAUGAAGUGUUUCCUUAAUAGGAAGAAAGGUCUCCUUUCUCUUAAGCUUAAUAAACUCUUUAAACCUU